UAAGAGAGAGGUUAAGGAAUAGGUUAAGAACUACUUAGCAAUAAGAACGUUUUGGGGAACCGGGCCCUGUUUGUUGACUGACAAAUGCAUCCCUUUCUAUGUCCAAUGCAGCAAACCCUUGUUGACAAGGUUUGUCGCAGGCAGAGGGUGGAUAUGAGUCUGCUGUUUCUCAACAUUAAAGUUAGACGUCUGCAGCUGGUCAGUGACUCACUGGAUGAGGUAAUACUGCUCGCUCCAAAUUUGUAAACGUAGAAUAACGUCUGUUCCUGUAGAUGUUACCAAGAGCUCCCUUGAACCUCUGAAAACGAUUUAGCUGUAAAGGAGGAAAUACUUAUGUAUGAGAGCUGUAGACGACUUUCCUAGGCUAAGAGGACUUUCAGCCAAACAGCAUGUACAUUAUGUUUUGGAAAGUUCUAAGUUCUAAGACUUAAUUUAGAAAAAUGGCACCACCAUAAAUAUGUUCCUUUUUUAAUAGCUUUCGGAAAGCGAACAGACCUGAAGAAAAAACUGAAAGUGACGUUUGUUGCGGAAGCAGGGUUGGACAUGGGGGGACUCACAAAAGAGUGGUUUCUUCUCCUGAUUCGACAGAUUUUUCACACAGACUAUGGCAUGUUCACGUAUGUGAAGGAGUCCCAGUGUCAUUGGUUCAGCAGCUGGAAAUGUGACAACUACUCUGAGUUCCGACUGGUUGGAAUCCUCAAUGGGCUUGGCUGUGUACAACAGCAUCACACUGGACAUCCGCCUCCCCCCUUGUGUCUACAAGAAGCUGCUAACCCCGCCCAUUGUGCCAUGUGACCUCGACACCCCCGUUGGCAUGGCGACCCUCACCCUGGACGACCUCCAGCAGAUUAUGCCUGUAUGUACACAAGCUGUGACACACCACAUUGUAUCAAUUCAGUCCUGC